AUGCGCGUCUCGGUUAUUCUUGCUCUGGCUCCCCUUGCCAUCUCUGUUGGAGCUCUUCAGGUGACUGAACCCAAGAAGGAUGCUGAAAUAGAUGCCUCUGGCUCUUUCGUUGUCAAGUGGUCCUCCGUUGACUCCGAUCCCUCGACAUUCGACCUCUAUCUCGUGAACAACGCCGUUUACCCCAACGUCAACAAAAAGAUUGCGUCCGGAAUCGACACUUCUGAUGGCUCCUACACUGCCAAGGGCAUCGACGCUGCUGCUGGCGAUGGCUACCAGGUCAAUCUCCUCUCCGAUUCGACCGAGAACACCGGAAUCCUGGCCCAAUCCCAGCAGUUUAACGUGACUGGAAGUUCGGACAGCUCCUCUACCACAACCGGCGCUUCCUCCCUCACUUCUGCCACCACUGCCACUUCAUCUGAGGAGACCACCACCAACGCUCUCAUCACCACCACCUCUGCCGGAACUGUUAUCACUUCAAAGCCUACCGCUGCCUCUGGUUCUGCUUCCGGCUCUGUCUCUGGAACCUCGUCUGCUGCCCCCACUACCUCCCUGAACGCCGGUGGAUCCAUUGCUGCUCAUCCGGCUGCUGCCGCCGGAAUCUUUGCCGGUGUUUUGGUUUUCGCUCUCUGA